AAUAUACCGCCAUGUCCUAUCCAAAAGAUGAGUUAAAUAAUUUAUUUAAGGAAUUAAAAUCCAAUUUGGAUUCAGAUAAGCAGUAUUGGUUGAGAAAUGAUGCCAAAAUCAGGGCUGUAGUUAGCUCAAAAACAUACGACGAAUUUCGGAACAUUGUGGAUGCAGCACACUUAAAAUCAUUAAGUAAAGAUGACAUAAGAACUCCGAAGCAAAAUUCCUGGAACAAAGCAUUGUGAAAAAGAGAUAUAUAGUAAAAAACAUUUAUUAAACAAUUUAAAAACAAACAUUUUUAUUCCA